CCUGAUGCUCUCCCGAGACCUUUUCCCCCAAAACGUUUGGCUCAACCUGAGAGUCAGGCGUCUAUUACCGCUUACCGGGGACCUGUGUGUGUGUGUGUGUGUGGGGGGGGAUUUUGUGUCGUGCAAAGUCCACUCUUUUUUGGCGGAGUGAACACUUUCUGGGACAUGAGCCAAACCGACCGACGUUUAUCUUGUGGCAAAAUUUGGCCAGAGGGUAAGAAAACAAACGCGAGCGACGUUUCUGCUGAGAGCGCGCCCGGUAUGGCGCUCAAAACCGGGACGAGUCAGGUCUAUUUAACCCAAAACCGUCCGGGGAGUGGACCCACGCGGCUCAAAGAGGGCGACCAUGAGCUCGGACACGGACCCGGCCGCGACAUGGAGGCGCGCUGCUGUCAGAGGGAGCUCUUAGACGCGGAGUGCCGCGUGGGCGACGCGCGCGCCUUCUCCGCGUGCGCCUCCAUCUCGGACACGGCCCGGGAGCUGUGCAAAGCCGUGUCCGUGUCUCUGGGGCUGGCCACGGAGUCCGGGGACGCGGCGGACUGCGCUCCCGCGCCGUGUUCCGCCGGGAGCGCGCACCCCGCGGGCUCCAGGUACUUUUACGCGCACGAAACCUCGACUCAGAACCGUCACGAGCACCGACACACCGUCCGGGACGAGCGAACGACGCACGGACACAAGCAAACGGCGCAAAUGUCCAGAACUUACGAGGGAAAUGCGCCUUUCCACCAGCUCCGUGCGCAAAACUUCCCGCUCUGCGAGGCUGAGGAAACGACUUCACACGAGAUGGACCACCUGGGAGCACCUACCUACCCGUACGCACCGGCCACGCCGUCCCACUACGGCCACGGGGACGCGCACAGGCCGUGCCACGCGCUCCGGGCCCCGGAUUUCGGGGAGUCCAGCGGUUUCCAGCCGGAGCCCCACGCCGCCGUCCGAGUCAAAUGUGAGGGGGGGGACGCACCGGGAGCGUGGGCCAGUAAUUACACCGUCAGCAAAAAGUGCAGCAGCUCACAGUUUUGGGGGUCCAGGCAGUGCGCGAGCGCGCACGGGACAGGGCCAAACGCCGCGUUCAUAUGUAAUCCGUACGAGGGGAGCGUCGCGCGCCCCGAUCAGUGGUAUCCAGGCGGGAUGCUUAGGAAUCCCCAUCCCAACCCCAACUACAUGAAAAGCGAAGUCGGUGAAUGGCUAGAUGUUGCCUACAGUGACACCAGGUUGGAGGCCGGCAGAGAGCACGUGUUCCCCAUGGAGUUCUUCUUUCCCCCUCAGAGGACGUGCCUGAUCUGCUCAGACGAGGCGUCCGGCUGCCACUACGGCGCGCUCACCUGCGGCAGCUGCAAGGUGUUCUUCAAAAGAGCUGCAGAAGGCAAACAGAAAUACCUGUGUGCGAGCAAAAACGACUGCACCAUCGACAAACUCCGGAGGAAGAACUGCCCGUCCUGUCGACUGAGGAAGUGCUUCGAGGCUGGAAUGACCCUCGGAGCGCGUAAACUGAAGAAGAUCGGACAGCAGAAGAACCCCGAGGAGGAUCACCCGGUUCAGGAGGCGGCAGAAGUCGUCCACAACCUCUCCCCCACCUCGGGCCCCAAUUUCAACUCUCAGCUGGUCUUCCUCAACAUCCUGGAGUCCAUCGAGCCCGAGGUGGUGAACGCCGGGCACGACUGCGGCCAGCCGGACUCAGCGGCCAACCUGCUGACCAGCCUCAACGAGCUGGGCGAGAGGCAGCUGGUCAAAGUGGUCAAAUGGGCAAAAGGACUGCCCGGGUUUAGAAACCUCCAUGUGGACGACCAGAUGACGGUCAUCCAACAGUCCUGGAUGGGAGUGAUGGUGUUCGCUUUGGGAUGGAGGUCUUAUAAGAACGCCAACGGCAGGAUGCUUUACUUUGCCCCAGACCUCGUAUUCAACGAGAAUCGAAUGCACGUUUCCACCAUGUAUGAGCACUGCAUGCGGAUGAGGCACCUGUCGCAGGAGUUUGUGCUGCUGCAGAUAACCCAGGAGGAGUUCCUCUGCAUGAAGGCCCUGCUUCUGUUCAGCAUCAUUCCGGUCGAAGGCCUGAAGAGUCAGAAGUACUUCGACGAGCUGCGCCACACUUACAUUAAUGAGCUCAACCGUCUGGUUAAUUACCAGAUGACCGCCAGUUGUCCCCAGAGGUUUUACCAACUGACCCGACUCCUGGACUCGCUCCAGAUGACGGUAAAGAAACUGCACCAGUUUACGUUUGACCUCUUCGUCCAGGCCCAGUCUCUGCACACGAAGGUCAGCUUUCCCGAAAUGAUAGGCGAGAUCAUCUCCGUUCAUGUUCCAAAGAUCCUGGCAGGUUUGGCUAAACCGAUCCUGUUUCACAAGUAGGGGGAUUUUUUUUGGUUUUUUUUUUUCCAUCGGAAAGUGACUCAUUUUUGCUGCCUCCAUAAACUCUAACAAAGGCUGUGCACUGUUUCCCAACAUCGUCGAGCUCAUUGCUUUUAACCUUCUCCUGUAAACACAGUUUUGUUCACCUUUUAGCCAUAAUUAUGAGUGUUUAUUCGGAACUGGGUUUGCUUUUAUCCGAAGAGCUGCAAAGCCUCACCUGCUGUCAGCUCAGCAGUUUCUGUUUGUGCAGAGAUGCUACUUUACAUAUGCAGUAAGCCUUUAAAUCAGGAUUAAGUAGCAGGGUUAAAAACAUGGGGUUUCAGUUGCAACCUUGAUUUUUUGAUGAAAUCCUAAAUGCAAAAAAAAAAAGCAGCAAGAAAAACAGCAAACGAAUCUUUAUGUAAAAUAAAUCAGCAAAAAA